CGAGAGAUGUCCAUCAUUCCAAACCCAUGUGCCAGAUAACCCUUCUCUUCAAUUCCCAUAGGCCCACACCCCACCCCUCGAUUGAUCCCUUCUAUCUCACCACCAAGUAGCUUGCUUUGCUUUCUAGGGUUCUGAAACUAAAGCUGAUAAUCAUGCAGAGCCUUGUGAAUCGUUUGCUUUACUGAAGUGAUGGUUUCAAGUGUUUUGCCUUUUUUAUCUCACUGCCAUUCAAAGACGGAAUAUUUAAAGAGAAUCUGAUCUGGGUUUCAACGGUCUUGCUUCUCCCUUUCAUUGGACGCUGUGAUGACUAAUGACCCCUACUCUUCUUCCAAGAUUUCUCGAGAGAGAAAGUUCCUAUUUUUAGUGGAUAGAGACUGAUUUCACAUAUUAACAGAAAAGGAUAUUUAGUUACUGUUGAACAGUGGGACUUUUGGAGAGAGAUAUGCUGGUUCUGCUUGGGGGAGAAGGAGGAGGACCAGCAGCAGCCAGUAUGGAGAAAGAUUUUGAUUCCAAGCUGAGGAUUCAGAGCAAUUCAUCCACUGGUGGGAAUGUACAGAGAUCUAAGAGUUUUGCAUUCAGGGCACCACAAGAGAAUUUCACCAUCCAAGACUUUGAAUUGGGCAAGAUCUAUGGCGUGGGUUCUUAUUCCAAGGUUGUGAGGGCCACAAAGAAAGAUACGGGAGUGGUUUACGCCUUGAAAAUCAUGGAUAAAAAAUUCAUCACAAAAGAAAACAAAACCUCUUAUGUGAAAUUGGAGAGAAUUGUCCUAGAUCAGCUGGAUCAUCCUGGCAUUGUGCGGCUCUUUUUUACAUUUCAAGAUACUUUUUCUUUAUACAUGGCACUUGAGUCUUGCGAAGGUGGCGAACUUUUUGAUCAAAUUACCAGGAAGGGCCGUUUGUCUGAGGAUGAAGCUAGGUUCUAUGCAGCUGAAGUUGUGGAUGCUCUUGAGUACAUACAUGGUAUGGGAUUAAUACAUCGAGAUAUCAAGCCAGAAAACCUGCUACUUACUGCAGAAGGACAUGUUAAAAUUGCGGACUUUGGUAGUGUGAAGCCUAUGCAGGAUACUCAGAUUACAGUCCUUCCUAAUGCAGCAUCAGAUGAUAAAACUUGCACCUUUGUUGGAACAGCUGCUUAUGUCCCCCCAGAAGUUCUAAAUUCUUCUCCAGCAACUUUCGGAAAUGACCUCUGGGCACUUGGCUGCACUUUAUAUCAGAUGCUUUCAGGAACUUCUCCCUUUAAAGAUGCUAGUGAGUGGCUCAUUUUCCAAAGAAUUAUUGCCAGGGAUAUCAGAUUUCCAAAUUUUUUUUCCAACGAAGCUAGAGAUCUCAUUGAUCAGUUGUUGGAUAUUGACCCCGGUAGAAGACCAGGAGCUGGACCUGAUGGUUAUGUUUCCCUCAAGACACAUCCUUUCUUUAGGGGAAUUGACUGGAAGAAUUUAAGGACACAAACCCCUCCAAAACUUGCUUUGGAGCAAAAGGUUUAUUCGAGUGAGAGCAGUGAUGUUCAGGAUUCUUCUUGGAACCCUUCACAUAUAGGUGAUGGUUCAGCCAGACAAAAUGAUGGAAAUGGUGGCUCCGCAUCAUCUUCUGAUGCUGGCAGCAUAACUAGGCUUGCUUCAAUGGACUCCUUUGAUUCAAAGUGCAGGCAGCAGUUUUUGGAGCCUGGUGAAUCCGUUCUUAUGAUCUCAACAGUCAAGAAAAUUCAGAAACUAACAAACAAGAAAGUACAGCUCAUUCUAACAAACAAGCCAAAGUUGAUCUAUGUGGAUCCUUCAAAGUUGGUGGUUAAAGGAAACAUAAUCUGGUCUGACAGUCCUAAUGACCUUAGCAUCCAAGUCAUUAGCCCCUCCCAAUUCAAGAUUUGCACACCAAAGAAGAUCUUAUCAUUUGAGGAUGCAAAGCAAAGAGCCUUUCAAUGGAAAAAGGCAAUUGAGACCCUCCAAAACCGGUGAAUUCUGCUUGCGGUUCUUACAAAACAUUCUUUGGAUGUAACAAUACCAUAGAGGAGUGCGGGCACCGCUAAGGGUCCAGUACUCCCAAAAGUUUUCUUUUCUUUUCUCUUUUUUUCAUUUUUUUUUUUUUUUUUUUUUUUUUUGGGAAGGAAAUUGAUUCAAGUUGUAGAACCAACCAGCCUUUGUCAAGGUCCAAACCUGCUGCCUUCAACUGGUUUGUGAUUAGGGUUUUGUAACAUGCUCAUGAUGUGAAGUCCGUGUUGUAAGCUCAUAUUCCUUGCUUGCUUCUGUGCCUGAAAAACCAUAAUCAAGCCAGUUGGAAUGAAUUUUUACAUUUCUGUUCUUAUAAAACCCCACUGAUGGGAAGCCUUUGCAGUUGUGACA